AGCUGUAAUUGGCUAGAUGAGGAGGUACUGGAAGAGAUGUUAAGCUGGCUGCUUCCACCCAUGGCUCUCCACACACACAGGGGCGGGUGGUGCCGGGGAGAGCGGGAGGCUGGGCUCCGAGGUGGCGGAGGCGGUGGAGGAGGAGAAAGCGGUGGCGGAACCGAUGUUUCCUCAGCCUGCUUGCCUACUUCGGUGACCGAGCCUCUCCUGCUGCUGGGUUGCUGCCUGCGGCCGGAGGAUCCGUCCGAGCGAGGGCGGCUGCUGACGCCGCCGGUGGAGAUGAUGGCGGAGGGCGGCGGCGGCGGCGGCGGGCAGCGGCUCAAGGCGCUGUCCCUGCUAGAGGCAGCCCGCUGCCGCUACGAAAGCCUGCAGAUUUCCGACGAUGUCUUCGGGGAAUCGGGCCAGGACAGCAGCGGCAACCCAUUUUACAGCACCACCGCGGAGUCCCGCUCUGCCUCCGAGGAAGAGGAGGAGGAGGAGGAGGACGAGACCCCCGAGGGAGGACGCAGCCAUCGGGGCAGGACUGGUGGACGCCAAGGCUCCAAGGCGCCGGCAGCGGAAGAGCAGGAGGAAGAGCAGCAGCACCAGCACCAAGUGCCGGGUGGCUUGGAGCCGAGUUUCCUGGGUCCCGCGGAGCAACAGCAGCGGGAGGAGGAGGAGGAAAGCGAGAGGGGCUGGAGCCAGAGCCUGCGGAACACCCUGACCCCUUCCUUCAAGGAUAGCAGCGGUCCAACUCGCAAAAUGCCACCCGCUUCCAGUGCCAUGGACUUCUUCCAACUCUUUGUUCCUGAUAAUGUGCUAAAGAACAUGGUGAUUCAAACCAACAUGUAUGCCAAGAAAUACCAGGAACGGUUUGGCAGCGAUGAGGCUUGGAUGGAUGUCACCCUGAUAGAAAUCAAGGCCUUCCUUGCAUAUAUGAUAUCUACAAGCACUCACCACUGUGAGUCGGUCCUCGGCAUCUGGAGUAGUGGUUUCUAUAGCAACAAGAGCAUCGCAUUAAUCAUGACUCAGGCAAGAUUUGAGAAGAUUCUUAAAUACUUCCAUAUUGUGGCCUUUCGUUCGAGUCAGACUACACAUGGUCUCUAUAAAAUCCAGCCCUUUCUGGACUCUCUGCAACAUAGCUUUGACUCUGCUUUCAAGCCUUCCCAGACACAGGUACUCCAUGAGCCUCUGAUUGAUGAAGAUCCAGUUUUCAUUGCCACCUGCACAGAGCGAGAAUUACGUAAGAGAAAAAAACGGAAAUUCAGUCUCUGGGUACGGCAGUGCUCAUCAACCGGUUUUAUAUGCCAGAUCUACGCCCAUCUGAAAGAAAGCAGUGGGACUGAAGGUCUAGAUGCUUUGAAGAACAAAGCUCAACUUCACAGCAUAGUGGCCAAGAGUCUUUGUCAGAAUGUCACAGGGAAAAACUGUAUCAUUUUCACUGGCCCCAGCAUUACCAGCCUCAACCUCUUUGAAGAAUUUGAAAAACAAGACAUUUAUUGCUGUGGAUUGCUAAGUACAAGGAAAAGUGACUGUACAGGGCUGCCUUCCUCAAUGCUAAACAACCCAGAGACCUCCCAGUCUCGAGGACAUUACAGGAUAAAAAUGAAAGGAAACAUGUCUUUGAUCUGCUGGUACAACAAAGGCUACUUUAGAUUUUUGACCAAUGCUUAUUCUCCAAUUCAACAAGGAGUUAUCAUUAAGAGGAAGAGUGGAGAGAUACCAUGUCCUCUGGCAGUGGAAGCCUUUGCUGCUCAUCUUAGUUAUAUUUGCAAAUAUGAUGACAAAUAUAGCAAGUAUUUCAUUUCUCAUAAACCAAACAAGACCUGGCAACAAGUCUUCUGGUUCUCCAUCAGCAUUGCCAUAAACAACGCUUACAUCCUGUACAAAAUGUCUGACGCCUAUCCUGUGAAAAAGUACAGCCGAGUACAGUUUGGUGAGAGACUCGUAAAGGAGCUGCUUGGAUUGGAGGAUCCCUCAUCAGGCCAUUGAUGGAUCCUUCUUCACAGCUUAGGCUAGGAGUGGUGUGGUGGGGGGGGGAGAUGGAGGAAAGAAAAGGGAACAAACUCUGGGAUUCCAAGAUGGGUAACUUACUAUUCCAUGUGACAAAAUCACUAGGGAAGCCCUUAAUUGUGUUGGUGUCUUCCCAAUGGCCUUGGUUGAAAGGGCCCUCAAGAGAGCACCGUAUGAAAGCUGCACAUGCGAGUGCAACACAGGCACUGGUGUAUCAGAAAUGAAUUUGUGUUAGCUAUUGCUCAAUCUGAUUUUUCAAACAGGGUGUUAGUUGUUACACAAAUCCUUUUCCCUAUCCCUUUUCAAGCUAGAAAGGCUCAGCAGUUCCAGUUGGGCAUGUUAUUGGGUGUGGUUGUUUUUUUUUUUAAAUCAGUGCACAAUGUGUAAAGUUAUGCACUGCUGUGUGGCUGAAAAGAGGUUGCUAGAAGAGAAAUAUAUAUAUUAAAAAAAUGUAAAAAAUCUAUUUUGCAAGCCAGUGAUUAGGCAAUGGCAGAUGAAGACAGUAGACUGAAGAUUUUAUUUUGUUGCAAUGCUUUUAGAUUGUAAAAGGGGGUAUAAUUUUGACAGAAAAUGCUUUUUUUAAUAUAAAGGAACAGUGAGAAACUGAAAAGUUUACCAAACUAAGUUCAUUGUGCUAUCUGAAGUCAGCUAAACUCCAAGAUUAAUUUCAGUUAUGCCAUAACAAAAGCAUAAGAGAUUUAAUUGCAAUCAUCCUGUAUUAUUCUUCAGGCAUUGAAUUUUUCUACACAAUGUGAGAAAAGGUAUAAAAGGUUCUCUGAGGAACUAGUUUCUCCAUAACUGUAGCUGGAUCUGUUCUUUUUUUUUUUUUCAUAGUGCUGCAUAAACAGACAUGCCAAAUCCAGAAAUAAAGGUAAAAUUGGAGAUCCCAAACCUAAUGAUAUACUGUAUACUGGUAACUCCAAAACCAAGUGACAUAAACAAUUUGUUGAGGGUUGAUGAGUCAUUUGUGAAACUGCUGAGUGAGGCACGAUAUAUUUCCAAGUGUGUUAUUUCCAUUUGUCCUUUAAAAAGCUCUUACCCAAAGCAAUUUAACAUUUCUAGAUGCUGAAAAAUAUCUAAGUACCCUUUUAUUUGAAGACUGACCUAAACCAGGGGUCUCCAACCUUGGCAACUGUACAACUUGUGGACUUCAUCUCCCAGAAUACCUCAGCCAACGUACGCUGGCUGAGGUAUUCUGGGUGCUGAAGUCUACAAGUUGUAAAGUUGCCAAGGUUGCAGACCCCUGAUCCUAAACUAUAUAUCUCAAUACUGCUGAAUGAAUACUGGUCAUGAAGUGACUUCCAAAAAGUUAUGACAAUGUUUGUUUUCUUAUUUUGCUCAGUUAACAUCAGUCUCAUCAGCUAGCUAUUUCCCAAGCUAGAGUUUACUUCAUUAUGAUUCCAUUGUUUUGGCCAUGUUGCUGCCUUGUUAUUUAUGACAAACUAGACACUUUUCUGGGGUGGGGAAAUCAUUGCAAUACUAGACAAUCAGAAACAUUUGCAUGUUAAACUUUGUUAUGAACCAGUUCCAAAGCUUUAAAAAAACAAAAAGAAAAGGUUAUGCCUCCAUUUUAGCACAAAAAGUGCUGAGAAUCACAUGGCUACCAGUCGGAUGUGGGCAUGAAAAAAAAUGGCACAGAAUGAAAUUACAGACUUUGACUGUAGCGUUGCUUUGUGUGAUACAAUUUAAAUAUUCAGAGGUGACAUUCCCUUUGAAAGCCAGUUAUCACACAUGUGAAGAUGUGUUUAAGUACCUUGGUAAUUAAGUACUACUUUCAUCAUUGUUUAAUAGUUAAAAGCCCGACGUAUCUGGAAGGAAAGAUUUGGGAAGGCCACCACAGAGAUGAUAUCCAUGUUAACAUCUUUAUGUCCUCUGUAGGUCUUGGUGGGCUCAGGCUCCACAAAAACCAGUGUUAGGUGCUCCCAAUGACAGGAGCUGAUAAGUAUGUGAGCUGGUGCAGUUUGAAUCAAUUGCAUUUUCUGAGUAUUUUUAAGGGCAGUCCCCAGUAGAAGGUGUUACAGUAGCCUAGCCAUGUGGUGACAGGGGCAUGAGUUACUGUAGCUAGCUCUUCCUGCCUCAAGCCAAAUUGCAAAUGAUAUACCAACUGAAGCUGGGCAUAGGCCCGUGAUGGCGAACCUAUGGCCCGCAUGCCACAGGUGGCAUGUGGAGCCAUAUCGGUGGGCAUGCGAGCUCAGAUCCGGCAUGCAUGCGAGCACCAGCCAGUUGAUUUUCGGGCCUUCUGGGCCCACCGGAAGUAGGGAAACAGACUGUUUCCUGGAGGGCAUCCAGGGGGUGGGGAAGGCUGUUUUUGCCCUCCUCACGCUCCUAGAAAAGCUCUGGAGCCUGGGGAGGGCAAAAAUGGGCCUACCGGGCCCACCAUGCCAUCACGUGCCAAAACGGAGGUCGUGCGGGGGGGGUCGCACAUGCAUGCGUGGGGGAUGGGGCACAUAGAAUUAUGAAUGUGGGCAUGCAUGCGUGCGACACCCCCCGCUCCCCCCGCUUUUGGCACGCGAUGGCAAAAAGGUUAGCCAUCACUGGCAUAGGCCAUCUGGACACAGCGUCCACCUUCUAUUCUAGCAGAAGCUGUGAGUCCAGGAGGAUCCCAUGUCACAAACCUGCUUCUUGAUAGGUAUUGCCAGUCCAUCAGGAAACAGCUCUUAAUGAUGACAGAUAACCCUGAUGUAUCCACAACCAUUCAGACUUAGCGAUUUGGCAACCAGAAUUUACAAUCCUCCAAUAAAAAAGCCAUAUCUUAUUUCCCCUAAGCUUGAGUUCUACUGCUUUGGUGUUGGGAGUUAAGGAAAGGUAAGGCAUUGGUUGGCACCCACGUUUCUUCUUUAAUAAUGGGGAAUCAGAAAUUUGCACAUCACCCUGUGAUGUGUCCACUGUCAUCUCCUGCACUAUUGAAUUGCUAGUCAUGAUGCUUAUGAAAAAGGAACAUAAUAUUUUAAAGCAAAAAUUAAUCAAGAACGAAGAACUUUAACAAGGAGCCUACAAAACUGAAUAUUAGAAAGACCAAGCUGUCUUUGUGACUCACCUGUCCUUGUAUGCAACCCAAGCUUAAAAUUCAAGCCAAUUCUAUCAGAACUCUUGAGAUAGAGUAGCCUUUCACAGUUCUAUGACAGCUCAUUUUUGGGUCAGAAGUUGCAGUCCGUGAAAAAAGACCAAGGCAGCUGAGAUUGUACAGUCAGAUGUGAAGCUUACAGCAAAUUUACCAUUUGGAAUUUUGUCCUGCUACCUCUUGCAUCCAAUUAGGAAAAAAUAGGGCUAAAGAACUCAAUGAAACUUUGUUUAUUUGCACCAGAGGUGAUAUUUGGUGGGUGCACUUUAAAAAAUGGGGGGGGGGAUAGAGUAGGCUCUGGAGGCUCAGGUGACAAGAUGAGCCAGGAAGGCAGACUUUACUAGGAAGGCAGAAUAUAAGGGUCUUUUAAGUUUUUGGCAAUUUUCUUGUAUUUUUAAUGAAUUAAUAUUGUAAUAUUAACAUACUGAUUAUUGUUUAUGUCAUCCUCUACUACCACUGUGUUGCUUUAUUGCCAAAUUUAAACAGGAGUUUCAAGACUGCAGACAUAGAAAAGAGCUUUGAAUCUACUGUAGUAUGCAAUCCAUCUAUCCCCCCACCCAUUCCUGACCUACCUGUUCCUUGAUAAAAAUGAAUUAUGAGUUUUAGGUCAGCUUCCAAUGAAGAAUCUUAUGUUCUCCAUCCAUGAUAGAUUUCAGUUCCUACAUCUCUUAUCUAGCAUGGCUAUUAGUCCCAAUUGUGGGAGUUUGCCCUGGUUACUGAGGCACUGAAUAUAUCUUGGAUCCUAAGAUUGCCCUCUUUUGAUGGCCAUUAGCCAAUGGCAAUUGCUAAUAAGCAAGGUAGUAUUCAACAAUGCAUUAGAAAAUGUCCAUUGAGAUAUACGGUAGUCACAUCUUAAUUAAUUAAUUGCACUUAAAUUAGUUAUUUACUAUGUUUAUGUCCAGCUUUUUACUUUCAAAAAACAUUUUAUUAUUUUAAACAUUUUAAAGAUCUUUCCCCAGUUAAGCCAGGUUUAGACUGUUGUGUCACUGCACGUCAGGGAAAAUAUGUGUCUGUCUGUCAUUCAAAGACAGUUGCAUGUUACAUGUUUGUAAAUGUUACAUUCUGGCUAGGGAACACUCAAACCUCAAAGCACAGAAAACAUAGAUGGAUAAACCAAUCAACACGCAGGAUGAACAUCUCCAUACAACAUUUAGUGGAGAUUUGGGAAGUGUACACAUUAGCCCAUCUGCAACCAUCUGCAACCUACACUUACCCAUCAAUGCCUUCACAGAAUAGAUAUGCGUUGACAUCUAUACACAAUUGUGGACAAGUCUAAAUCAAGCUUUACUCUUAACUAUGGCACAAACACAUUCUGUCAACCUUGUUAUUUCUGCCAUGCUGUCAUUUCACCUACAAUCUACUGAGUGUUAUUCCCCCCCCCUUUUUUUCCUGGAACUAUCCAAAAAUAGUCAUCAGGUAUGUAAAAUCUGUUAGGCUUUGUUACCCAUUUCUUUGGAAAGAUGUUAGGGGUCUGCAGUGACUGGAAAUAAAGGAUAGGAGUCAGCCAUACACCCUGGUAGAGUUUUCUGCCAACUCCAGUAUGGUGGAUAGAACCAACUCUGCAGUGUAAGGGGGAACCACAUGAUUUUGCUUCAAAAUAGCAUUUGCAAUGUAGUAUGAUGCCUUUUUAUUCAAACUUUCAUUUGUUGCAUAAUGCCUGUUUAUCCAAAGCUUAGUUUAAGGAGGGGUUUUUUUUUUUCCAAAGAAGGGUAAGCAGGAUUUCAGCCACAUUGGUUGACCAUUAAAAUCUUCCUACUCACCUCAGAUAUACUUUAAGUACAAGGACCACUCCUUAGCAAGCAAUUCCAUUCCAUUUAACACAUAUUUCUUAUAGAAUUAGCUAGUCUUAGUGACUUAUUUAUUGUGGUGAAAAAUUCUUGCCAUAGAUAGAAUUGGUUGACUGAUUUGCUUGAUUUAACAAGCAAAUCAUUAGGUCAGCUUUCCUCAACUUUAAUAUAGUUGAAGGGCAUGGACAAGUAUUCUUCUAGAGAAAGGAUGAUCUAGAUGUAUUUCAACAUUCUGAACACUUAUGUAAUCUCUAGAUUUCUUUACUUUGUUUUACCAAUUUCCUUAAAAAUUUUUUGUUGAGACUAGCAAUAUUCAGCAGGAAGGCUUGUCUACCAUGUCCAGUUGGGUAUAUAAAAUAAUACUGGUAAUAUUUCAUUUUUAAAAAUGUGAACUUGUAGUCUUCCUUAUGCUUUUCUUGAAAUUUAGAAUUUCUAUACAAGGUUCCCUAGGCAUACCAAUUUCCUCCCAAUCUCUCACUGAUUCUUAACAGUAAUUGUAGAUUGCUUACAGAUUGCUCUUACAGAUUUGUAGACUGCCCUUGAAUUCUCCUGUCAGUGCUUAAAUUAGGAUAUAGCACCCUGAUGCUAACAGCAGACUAUAAAAGUAUUCAAGUUAAGAAUGUAGUCAUAUAUUCAACACUGAACUUGGGGUAUUGAGUUAUGUGUUGUUCUUUGUAAAGACCAUCCAGAUCAAGACAUGUGUCAGGGUUCUAAGUAACACCCCCAGCGAAAGAACACUCCAAGGCUUGAAUUUCCUCAAAGUUCCACUUUAUUAGAGACGUCAUAUUGGCACAUCUGGGAAAACCCGAAUCUGAAAGCUUCCAGGUUUUCCCCACCCAAAGGAAAGUUCAAGACCCUGCCCAACACCCACAUGUCCAUCACAUGGUCCAAUCCAAACACUGUGCUGACUGGAGAUGCCUCCUAGUUCCAACCCUCCAGGUGCUGGGCAAGAUGUCCUUGACUUCCUGAGAAAGGAAUGUUAUUAUGACUAUAUAUCUCCCAUGCUCCAUACAAUCCCCCCUCCCAGUUUCCCACAGUGGUAAAUGUGGCAGGCCUGGAGAUGCAACAAAAAAGAUGGCUUCCAGGCCUGACAACAUGUAUAGUGGUGGAAAUCACUGUGUCGGUAAGCAUUUAAAAGAUGCUUUUUCAAAAGGCAAUUUGGACUUUGUUUUUUUCCUCGAGGAAGAUGUUUCACUUCUCAUCCAAGAAGCUUCUUCAGUUCUGACUGAAUGGUGGUGAUGGGGGGGAAGGGUUUAUAUUUCUUUGACACCCCCUUCCCCCACCACUCAGUCAGAUCUGAAGAAGCUUCUUGGAUGAAAAAAUAAACGUCUUCCUCAAGGAAGAAACAAAGUCCAGUUGCCUUUUGAAAAAGCACCUUUGAGACAAUCAUGACCUGGAUGACUGAGAAUCUCCAUAGAUAUGUAACAGUGAGCCUUCCCUAAGAGCUAUCCGAGGGGCACAUAAACCCACUCAAAAGACAUCAGUCAUAGCACACUCAUUGUGCCUUUCAUGGCACACUACAAUUUAUUGUCACUUAGUGAGAUCCUGGCACAUAACCAACAUUUCACUCAGUGACACUAAAUAUCAGUUUUUGUAAAAAUUGUGUACAUUAUUAUACCAUGGUUUAAGAAGUAGAACAGAGAUAUUAAACCAGAUCAUGUAACAUUUUUUAAAAAGUGUGAAAACACUGCUCUUUGAACUCUUCUUACAAGACUGGAUUAUUCUGUACCCACUAGAUUGGCAUCCCAAUUCUUCUCGAGUGUUGAGGUACAGAGCUCAGGCAGCAUAUUAAUUAAUUGGAUGAAGUGAAAAUAGCUCUUUUCUGGGUGACAAUGUGAAACUUAGGAAGCUGAAUAGGUGUGGAUGUUCAGAAUACCGACUUGUUUCAGGACAUGACAAGAUCUGAGGAAUUUUUUUUUUUAAUUCUCUUCCCUUGAAAAAUUUCAUGCCACAAAAUUAUAGUGGAAGAGGAAUACAGAGUAGAAAAUAACAUUUCUAAACAGCAGAUGGAAGGACACUUGCCUUUAUGAUCAUGGAUCAGUACAUUUUGCAAUCUUUUUGCAAAGUCCAAUGGAAAGUGCCAUUUUCCCAUUCUUCUAGGCACUCUUAACUCCUAUCAUUCAUUCUCAAAAUAAUUUUGUAAUGGCAUUUGCAAAUUAAUCUGCAUCAACAUUUAUAUUUAACAAAGAUCCUGCAUUCCACCACAAAGUGGAGUGAGAUGGGGGAAGAGGAAAAUUUGGUUGUUGCAAUUUAGCAUUAUUUCAUAUUUUUGGCCUUUUUUUUCUUUUUGUUUUAAUCUGACAUAGUAGCAAAAAGAAGUUCAACUCAGAAAAUAGAAAAUCUAGAGGAGAUAAAAAUAAUCAGCCUAGGUAAAUUAAUCUAUCUAAAACAUUACUAUUAAAACUUGUUUAAUUGGUUAGGGAAAGUGAAGGACAAUAUGAACUAGAAGUGUGCAGAAGCCCAAAACAAUUGAUGUAGAGUUCACAGCUUUGUUAAAAAGUAGUAUGAAUGUCUAUCUUAUACUGGUUUAGGAAAUGCUGUACUUUUCUGGUUAUUGAGACCUCAUUCUUUUCCUCUUCAAAAAUAAAAGCAAUCAAUAUAGGAGGUCCUUGAUAAACAAAGCCAGAAAUGAUCCAGGUCUGUUCCAUCUAUGCAUACUACAAUGUUACGGCUGCUGCACUAUCGAUCAACACACAACAGCGAGAGCUCAGGGGCUGAUUUCAGUAAAACAGGCCAAGCCAUCAUAUAGGAAAUAAAUGGGAUAUUUGGAAGGGAAGCUCUGAGCUAUAUUUUUUUUCCUUUCCACUUUUGCAACGUACGUGUCAUUAAAUGAAGUAAUACUCAGUACACUAGUGUAGUGCUGUUAUUGUGAAAAGUGUGUUCAGCAAUUUGUGUGUGAUCAACUCUGCUCACAAUACACCCAUCAGUGGCUGAAGUUCAGUCAUAAGCUUCCUUCUCAAAGUGUGUUGAACAAGAGGUUUUUGUUAAACCAUGUCAAUGCCGGAUUAAACGUGCAGUGCUGUUUUAUUAUUUGGGUUGAAACAAAAUAUUGAUUUUAUACAUAUGCAUCUAUUCAAGAAAUGCUUGUGUAGAAGCCCCUACACAUGAGUAAGGUUCCCAUCUGUAUUUCUGGCUCUUUGGUUCAAGUGAGGACCUAAAUUUUUGUGACUGUUUUUUGUUCUACACAAAAGCACGCUUGCAAUAAAUUUUUAGAGGUUUUCUAUGCCAUGAGCUAAAUUCUAAAAUGUGAAAUGUGGUAACAACACAACUGGAUGGAUUUAUAAUAUCACUCUGAUGUCAUGUGAUUUUUCCUUCCUUCCACAAAGUUUGUCUUACAGUCAACAACUUUGAAAUACAGUCAAAUAUAGAUUAUAAA